GUGAGCGCUGGCGCUGCGCGUCCCGCUGCGUGUUUGAACGCUGUUCCCGGGGAGACAACGGUAGUCUCAGCGCGAUGGAGCCAAAGGUUGUCAAACCACCCGGGCAGGAUUUCAUCGUGGAGCGUCUGAAAAGCCGCUACGGACUAGGAGGAUGCUUCCCUGCCGAAUAUGAUUUUUCAAAUUUUAAUCAGACUAAAUAUAAGAGAAGAGCUUUAACUUCCUCAGGUGACUUGGAUAUCUACUCAUCUGGAGAUAAAAUUGGUUCCUCAUUAAGGUGUUAUUCUGAUGAAAGAAAGCAUUCCACUACACCUCUUUGUAGCUCAUUCAAGUACUUAAAUGGGAACUGCCUAGACAAUGAACUGGAUUCUUCUCAAGAUUUGAAGCAACAGGAAACAGGAGAGUUAACUGAGAAUGAUCAUAGAAUUAAUAGCUCCAAAAUAACUAAGCAGUCUUUUAAAGAAAUAGAAAAAGCAGUUGCCCAGCCAACUUAUUUAGCCUCAAAUUCAAGAAAUUGGAUCGAAUGUUGUAGUGAUGCAAGUGACUCGCCUUUGAAACCUGUCACCUAUCCAAAAUCUAAAGCAUCAAACAAGCGGAGUUUACUUCCACAUCAGAUCAAUCAGAUAUAUGAUGAAUUAUUUCAAAUACAUCAGAAAUUGCGGUGUGAAACUGCAGCACAACAGGAAUUUGCUGAAGAACUUCAAAGGCGAGAACAUUUUUUAGUUGAAAGAGAACAACUGCUGUCCAGGCAUGAAAUGGCUUUGACUAAAAUUAAAGGUGUCGAAGAAGAAGUUCUUACAAGAUUUCAGAUUAUCAAGGAGCAACAUGAUGCAGAAGUCGGGCACUUAACUGAAGUUCUUAAGGAAAAGAAUAAAGAAAGCAAGAGACUAAGGUCCUCUUUUGAUGCAAUGAAAGAAUUGAAUGAUAACUUAAAAAAACAGUUAAAUGAAGUGAGUGAAGAAAACAGGAAGAUGGAGAUUCAGGCUAAAAGAGUUCAAGCUCGUUUAGAUAAUUUACAGAGGAAGUAUGAGUUUAUGACAAUACAGAGAUUGAAAGGAAAUUCCCAUGUUGCUCAUGAGAUGAAAAACUUAAAACAAGAAAAAGUACCAGUUUCAAAAACUUAUAAGGUACCACUUAAUGCCCAAGUUUAUGAACUUUUAACUGUCUUCAUGGACUGGAUUUCGGUUCAUCACCUUAGCAAAUUGAAAAGUGAAGAAUCUGGAAUGGAUGGUGAAAAGCCGCUACCUAAAUUUGCUUCUCAAAGAAAUGAUAUUCAGGAGAAGUGUGUAAAGCUUUUGCCUGUGAUGACAGAGCAGCUACAGUGGAUGCCAUUUGUGAAUGUCAAACUUCAUGAGCCUUUUGUAAAAUUUAUAUAUUGGUCUCUUCGGCAGCUAGAUGCUGGAACACAGCAUUCAACUAUGACAUCAACAUUGAGGAGAUUGGGUGAAGACAUAUUAAAAGGAGUAGUAACUAAGGGAAUUCAAGAUAAUUCUUUAGAGCAUUCUGUGGAGAAUAAACCAAAGACAGCUGCUUUCUUUAAGAGUUCCAGUUUACCAUUGAGAUUUUUGUCAACUUUAAUUGUUCUCAAAACAGUCACUCAAGCUGAUUAUCUGGCUCAGGCAUUUGAUUCUCUUUGUUUGGACUUGAAGACAGAUGAAGGAAAAACCUUAUUUUUGGAGUAUCAAGCUGUUCCAGUGAUAGUAAACCAUCUAAGAAUAUCCAGUAAAGGAAUCCUAUCCAAUGUUAUUGAUAGUUUGCUUCAAAUGACAGUGGAAUCUGGAGCCAGUUGCCAUUUCAACAGAAGAAUGAACCGAGGACUCUUCUGGAUGUUCUGACCAAUCCGAGGCGAUUCCCAGGCUGAGAAUCUCAUGGGUGCGCCUGGACCUGACCUGCAACCUGCAAAGAAGGGUCCCCUGCUUUCUGUCAUUCUACCAUUCUCUGAAAAGACGUAGGCAAAAGGAGGAAAGUGAGAACAGGCAGAAAAAAUGUCUACACCCUCCGGACUAACAAUGGACUAGAAGGCAAGGGGUGUCCAGCCCCAGCUCCAGUGCUGGACAGUCCUUCCCUUAUUUCUUGGAUCAUUUUUCUAAUCCGUAAGAUUAGGCAGCCGAGCCCAGCACUAUCCAAUAGGAAGGCUACUAUCUACAUGAGGCUGCCGAGCACUCGAAACAUGGCGAGUGUGACUGAAGAAUUCAGUUUUUCAUGUUAAUUAGCUUUAAUCAAUUUAAAUGUAAAGACACAAGGGGCUAGUGGCUACCCUAUUAACCAGAACAGAAGAUGGUUUUCCAGAUCUCUCCCAUCUCUCAAAUAUUAUAAUUAAAAUGUCCUUGUCUAGAUGGGCCAUCUAGCCUUCCUGUGGGAUAGGCAGUGAGCCUUCCUUCUGAGAAAACUGAGGCUCAGAGAUAUCCGGGACUCUUCUGAGGUCACACCAGUGAAUCUGUGCUAGAGCUAGAAGCACACCCCUAGUCAUGUGACUUCUAGACCAAAUCACGGUCCUUUUUGUGUUCCACCAACAGCUCAAAAGCACCACCACCAACAUUCAAUUGUGAUGAAAAUAAAUCAAGUCAUCGAACUGUUCACCAUUCCCCAAAACUGAAUAUGAAACCCAAAUAUAUGAAAAAAAAAGUUCUCAUUCUAACUAUAAGAAAGGCAGGCCCUUUUGGGGUGGUGGUUGUGGGGGGAGGAACAACCAUGGUAACCAGCGACUGAAAUGAGGAUAAUUUUUUGACAACUAAGAUACUCCUAUUUAGAGAACAAGAUUUCUGUGAGCAAAAUGGAACAACAAAUAGCAAGCCAAUUCUAGGAGAAAAUGUUGAAGAUAAAUCCACGAGAGCUUACAAAAUAUCAGCUUCGAUGCUGUCUGUGUUCGGCUAAGCUCACUGCUCAUUCAGUGAUGGCACCAGCCCAUCGGUGGGCUUCUACAAGAGACCUAGUCCUUUCUCAUCAAAGGAGGCUCCAGAGAAUUACAGACACGACACGUUGGAAAAAGAAUCCCACCAAACAUGUAGCAUGACAAAGACAUACUUAACAGUGCAUUUAGAAUAAAAAAAUAAUUCAUGCAUUUCUAAUUAAAUACUAUAAAGUUUAGCUUAAUUAAAAAAAUAUCUUUAAUAGUCUAAGGCUCUUUAUCUUCAAUAAUGCAACCUACGUAUUUUACGCAUCCUAAAAACUGUUAUUUAAUAUUCCUCCAAGCAUUUAAAAACUGUCCCACCAAAUCAGAAAA